ACUUAGCUUGGAACAUCAAACCACUAAAAGAAAGCAGAAUGAAAAGCAUCUUUUUCGUGCUCCUGUGUGCUGCAGUUACGUAUGCUUUGCCGAUCGGCUCAGAUAAGAGAGAUGAAGAAAAGCUGGAGCUUAUUCAGAAAUACUUGGAAAAAUAUUACAAUUUUACGUAUGAUGGGAAACCAGUUAAAAGAUGGAAAGAUGGAAAUCCUAUAGUUAAGAAAAUCAGAGAAAUGCAGGCAUUCAUUGGCCUGGAGGUGACGGGCAAUGUGGAUUCUAAUACUCUGGAGUUGAUUCAGAAACCAAGGUGUGGGAAUCCCGAUGUCGGGGACUUUGCCUUUUUCGCAGGACAACCCAAAUGGGGAAAGAAAGACUUGACCUACAGGAUUCUGAAUUAUACACCAGACAUGAAACGACUCGAUGUGGAUGCAGAAAUUGAGAAAGCUUUUCAAGUUUGGAGCCGAGUGACGCCACUGACAUUCAGAAGGGCAUGGGAAGGCGAUGCUGACAUCAUGAUCUCUUUUGCUUCCAAAGAUCAUGGCGAUUUCAACCCCUUUGAUGGGCUUGGGGGCACCCUUGCCCAUGCCUAUGCGCCCAGCAGCUCCAGCAUUGGAGGAGAUGCCCAUUUUGAUGAGGAUGAAAACUGGACCAAAGGCCUAGGAGGUUCCAACCUGUUCAUUGUUGCUGCCCAUGAGUUUGGCCACUCACUUGGACUCUUCCAUUCCAACGAUUACAAUGCCUUGAUGUACCCAGUUUAUAGGCAUCCCCAGCAGAGUCAACAUGUCCUCUCUCAGGAUGAUAUUGAAGGCAUUCAGCACCUCUAUGGACCAUCACUCCAUCCAUCUCAAGACCCAACAGAACAAGAUAAACCAAGCAAACCCAUCAGACCAGCCCAGCCCACAUUGCCAGCAACUUGUGAUCCUCAGUUGACUUUUGAUGCUGUUACUACUUUUCGAGGAGAAAUAAUGUUCUUCAAAGACAAGCAUUUCUGGAGAAAGCACCCUCAGUUCAAUGAGGUUGAAUUUAAUUUAAUUUCUUCAUUCUGGUCAUUUUUACCAUCUGGUGUUGACGCGGCUUAUGAAAAUACGGAUAAAGAUGAAGCAUUUCUUUUUAAAGGCAACCAGUUUUGGGUCGUAAAAGGCGAUUCCAGGCUACCAGGAUAUCCCAAGUACAUCCACAGCCUGGGCUUCCCAGCUGAUGUCAAUAAAAUUGAUGCAGUAUUUUUCAGUGAAAAAGAAAGAAGAACAUACUACUUUGUAGCUGAUAAAUACUGGAGUUCUAAUGAAGGCAGCCAAACCAUUGAAAAGAGGCCUAAAAGAAUAAGAAAUGACUUCCCAGGUGUUGAGGGAGAAAUCGAUGCUGCUUUUCAGUAUAACGGAUUCUUGUAUUUCUUCAGGGGGACAAAUCAAUAUGAAUUUGACCCUGCGGCCAGAAGAGUUACCCGAGUCACAAAGGUCAACAACAGCUGGUUUUCUUGCUAAGAAAAUGAAACCACUGAAGAAGUGAACUAAAACCCUAUUGAAAAAAAUUACCAGGAUGCCUUAUCAUGGAAGUAUAAUAUGAACACUGCUAUCCUAUCUCUGGACCCCUCCUCUCACUGACAGAAUACUAAUAUUUGUAGUAUCAUGAACGUACAUGGAAACUUACUGGGUUGGAUCCAGAUUAAUUUUCCAUUAACAGAAGGCGUUUCCCUCAGCAGAACAGGACUCUUAUGCCUGCCAGUGGCUCUCGGUACCAUCAAUUACAGUAUUUUGGGAAUGCUGGCUGGAUCAGGACGGGUAGGAGGCACACCAUGCCUCAGUGGUUCCACUCAUGCUUAACUAGUCAAAUCCAAAAGGUGAUGCUAGGGGAUGCUCCAAGGUCCCAAGGACAUUUCUGCCACAGGGAUCCAUCUUGUUCCUCGUAGUGUUUAACAUCUCGAUAAAACCAUUGGGAGAGAUCAACAGGCAAUUUGGAGUGAGGUCCCAUAUGCGGAUGACACCCAACUCUAUUUCUCUUUAAAAACUGAGCCAAGUGGGUCUGCGGAUUGCCUGAACAAUGGUCAACCAGCUUCCUUGAAGGUCCAAUAAACAGGACACAGAGGCAAAGGCGCUUUUUUUCUAGCACUGACAUUUACUUCCUUUGGACCAUCGAGGUUCUCCUUAAUCAUUGUGAAUCGCAGCCUCUGACGAACCCAAAGUCCAUGGAUCUGUCUAAUCCCAUGGGGAGGAAAAUGCCAGGAUAUGGGAAUAAGGCAGAAGUAGAUUGUGCUGUUUGUGGGAGGAAUAGACUAUAAAUUUCUGUUAUCUAUGACAGUUUACAUAUAUGUAUGAAGCUUUCAUAAUUUAUCUUCUGAAUAAUGGCCUUUGCAGGAUGUUGAACUUGCGUAUUCACAGAACGUACUAAAAAACAGUGAUUGGCAGAAGCAUAGGUUGUAAUCCCAGAAGGUCAUUGGGUGUGCUGUAACUCAUAUCUGUGACAAUUUGCUUACUUGUUUCCUGGAGUGGAUAAAAAUGUUUUCCUACUUGGUAAAUAAGCGUUUCAAGCCCCAAUAGAUGAGGUGUCAUCCUAGGAUACAUGUUCCAGAACAAUGCCAGAUGAUAACUUGACCACUUCCACAACAAAAACGUUCCAACACAGAAUUCCUUCCCUGCCAUGAGCAACAUGCAAUAGCAAUGUACCACUGCAGCCAAACGGGGCGUGGAGAGGGAUGUUCCGUCCAUCAGAUGUGUUGAUCCUGAUAGUUAAAAUACAUAAAACACUAUUUUAGUUACCUCGCUAACCCCAGAUUUGCAGGAAAUGGAUAUUAACAAAGACCUCUUGCAGCAGCUAUGCUGUAUUAUAUCAUUUAAUGAAACACAAUGUUCUAGAUCACUCUGGUCAGACCUGAUUCAGAUAAAGGCACACACGUAAGAAGCCUUAGGAAUCUAGUAAACUUUCCGAUAUCAGGUCAUUUAAAUCCUGACAAGAGGUACACCUAAACAAUGUUUUUGGUUCAUUAUGGGUACAGUAUACAAGUCAUAAUAUUGGGAAACCUUUGCUUCCAUUUCAUCUUUACUACAAUAUUGACUAACUCAGAUUAUACCAUCCAUUACUGACACAUAGAUAAUUAAAGGAGAGCAAUUACAUGAGCGCAUUGAAAUGUCUUACCCCCCAAAUAAGUAAAGAAUCUUUUAUAAGAAGAAGAUCCUGAUCAAUUCAGACUACCAUAUUUAUAGGUUUUUAAAAUAAUCUUCCAACAAUCCACUUGUUAAGGGUCACAUUCUUGGUUACCUAAUUAUCUUAUAAUUUUGAAUACAAUAAAUAAUAUCUAUACUUGAAUA